UGGGCCCGGGCCAGCGCCCGUCGGUAGUGCAAGGUACUGGAACCUCCGACUACUGCACAUCACAGGGCAUCAUUAAUAUCGCUUGCCAACGAUCAUCCUUCAGCCUUACCGCACCCCAUACUAAACGUGCCUUAGGUAUUGUUUGCGACCGAGAAAGUUCCACUUGACAACAUCCAGUCCCAUGACAUGAACAGCAGCAACGACACGGCAUCAUGACAGACAACCCAGAAGAGCCCUUGAUCGCCAACACUCAAUCGACGGAGAGGGACCAAGAUGAUGGCAGCCAUGAUGUCGAACAUGCGCAUGAUUCCCGGGGAGGGAAACAGCACAUAUCACCGCCCGGCCUGUUCAUCUGGCUACUCACCUUUUCCGCCGGAAUAAGCGGUCUACUCUUCGGCUACGACACAGGCGUAAUAAGCGCCACCCUUGUCUCUAUCGGUACCUCCCUCUCGCACCGGCCCCUGACCUCGCUCGACAAAUCCGUCAUCACCUCAUGCACCUCCCUCUUCGCCCUGCUCGCGCUACCCUUCGCCUCCGCGCUCGCCGACGACCGGGGCCGCAAGCGCGUUGUCCUCUUCGCCGACACCCUCUUCAUCAUCGGCGCCCUCUGCCAGGCCGCCAGCCGGACCGUCGAGGUCAUGGUAAUUGGGCGGUCGGUUGUCGGCAUAGCCAUCGGCGCCGCCAGCUUCGUGACGCCGCUGUACAUUGCCGAGCUGGCGCCUGCGACGCACCGCGGCCGGUUGGUGACGAUGAACAUUGUGUUUAUCACGCUUGGGCAGGUGGUUGCGUACGUGGUAGGCUGGAUCUUUGGGACGUAUGGUAGUCCGGAGACGACGGGGUGGAGAUGGAUGGUCGGGUUGGGCGCGGUGCCGGCGGUUUGUCAGGUGGUCAUCUUGUUGUGGAUGCCGGAGAGCCCGAGGUGGUUGGUGAAGGACGGAAGGUCGCAAGAGGCAAGAGCGGUGAUUGCUAAGAUUGCCGCGGGGGAUGAUGCGCAGGAUCCGUCGACGAGGAGGGAAGUGGAUGCUGUGUUGAAGAGCAUCGAGAUUGAGGUGAGAGAGGAGGCUACGGCUAUGAGACUGGGUGGCGCCGGGGCCGGGUAUGCAAAUGGGAAUGCAGUGAAUGCGUGGAUGGAGGCUAUGCGGGAACUGAUCAGGGUGAGGAGGAACAGACGGGCAUUGGCAAUUGCUUGUCUCCUCCAGGGUCUUCAGCAGCUGUGCGGAUUUAACUCGCUCAUGUACUUCUCGGCCACGAUAUUCACGAUGGUGGGGUUUUCAGAGCCGACUUUGACCUCGCUAGUCGUUGCAGUCACCAACUUUGCCUUCACCUUAGUUGCCCUGGUGUUGAUCGACCGGGUGGGAAGGAGACGCAUUCUACUCUGGUCUCUUCCCUUUAUGAUUGCAGGUCUGGUGCUUGCCGGCUAUGGCUUUUCGUUCAUCGAGCUCCCGAAUUCAGAGACCAGCUCGCCCUCGACAACGGGAGGUCAGGGCGGGGCCGUCAUUAUUUUGGCGAGCAUCAUGAUUUAUGUGGCUGGCUAUGCCAUCGGACUGGGCAAUGUGCCCUGGAUGCAGAGCGAGCUCUUCUCACUGAGUGUUCGGUCAGUGGGCAGUGGUGUUGCAACAGCGACCAACUGGAGCGCCAACUUUGUGAUUGGACUGACGUUCCUUCCGCUGAUGGAGGCCUUGUCGCCGUCUUGGACGUUUGUCCUGUACGCAGUGAUCUGCGCGGUUGGGUAUGGCCUGAUUUGGACGGUAUACCCUGAAACCGCAGGGCUGAGCUUGGAAGAUGCGGCGACCCUUCUAGAAGCGGAUGACUGGGGGGUGCGGUAAGGGUUGCAUCUAGUGUGUGUGACAUGGUGCUUGAAGCUUGGCUAAAGUUUUUCCAUUUACUAUUUGUUUGUUUACUUUGCGGCGAUCUCAGCAAGGCGUGCGGUGCAACAUCUCCAUAGACGUUGUCGUGUCUUCAAUUACAUACACAUCAAAGCUCUAGGUUGAAUACGGCGGCUAGUUUUGGAUGGCAAUACAGUAGCCGCUUGGACUGUGAGAAAUCGUC